GUGAUCCGAGAUUCUGAGGAGUGCAGGUCCAAGUCAAGUCAACAUUUAUGAAUUAUGAAAAUAGAGAGAGAGAGAGAGAGGAAGCGAGAGGUUUCCAGUUUACUUCCAAGAAGGAGCUGAGAAACCAGUCAACGAAGCGGUUUUCCUUAGCGUAUACUGUUUUUCUCAUCCUCCAGUCUUCCUGAAAUACCAAAACCCCUCUUUGUCUCUCUUUCUCUCUCUUCCUCUGCAUCUUGGGAAGUAAGUCAGUAACUAAUGAGGAGAGCACAGUGUCUGUGAAGUGUGAACGAAGUUGAUAAGCUCUUGCGGAACUUAAAUUACAGACAGGCUUGUUUGCAGUUGAAAAUUGCGCAGUCUUUUCUUUGGUUUAGUCCCUGAGAAAUGACUAGUGAUGAGAAGGAUGAAGUACCCAUGUUAUCAAACACUCAUUCUCAGUCAUUGGAUGAGUGCCAGGAUGUUGAAUUCCCAAGAUUUUCAUCAAGGAACAGGAGCGUAUCCAUGUCUAUAGCAAUGAAACCUAUGGAGUUAGAUGAAAGUGAAAGUAAAUUUGUAGGUUAUACUGGUCCUUUACGGACUGAGAGAAGUACUCCAUUUGUGCAGAUGAGUGGUCCUUUAUAUAUUACGCGGAAACCUGAGAACCUUAAUAAGCCAAUGCAUGGGUUAAUUGAUCGAAAAAAAUCAGUGCUUAUGGAAGAACAUUAUCCUUCGCAGAAUGGUAUGGAUCAAAAAGAAUGGAUAGUUGAAAGUUAUGCUGACAAGAAUGAACAUUUAUUGAGAUCCGGGCCAUUAGGAGUAUGCAAUGAUCCUUACUGUACAACAUGUCCAACAUAUUAUAAUUCCAGUGAAUUUCGACAAAAGAACUCAAGAGCUUCAGGUCUAUUUGAUUCAAAGUUCCAUAAUGCUUUCUAUGGCGAUGCUAAAAGUCGGGCUAGGAGGCUUUGUACUCUCUUACAGUCAUAUAUACCUGGUGUCAUGAAUCCCCAUACUAAAGUUGUUCAACAAUGGAAUCAAUUUUUUGUCAUUUCUUGCUUAGUGGCGAUUUUUGUAGACCCCUUGUUUUUCUUCCUGCUUUCUGCAAAGGAGGAGUAUAAGUGCAUAGUUCUUAAUUGGCCCAUGACAAAAACACUUGUGGUUCUAAGAAGUUUGACUGAUUUUGUUUACUUUCUUCACAUGUUACUUCAAUUCAGGUUGGCUUAUGUUGCUCCUGAAUCUACAGUUGUGGGUUGUGGUAAAUUAGUUGACAAUCCCAAGACAAUUGCUCUUCAUUACCUUAAAGGUUACUUUUUAAUCGAUGUAAUUGUGGUACUGCCACUUCCUCAGCACUAA